CUUUAACAGCCAAGGUGAGGCAAGAGAACCUAGGACCUUCACCCCAAAUGAUAAAAAAUACUUAGGCAAGUCUUGUGUAUUUAAAGUACAGACUCAUACUGAUUUAUUUUGGCAUCCUCAUUCAACGUCAGAUGUUUUAUGGCCCCCGAGAAACGGGCUACUUCGCAACUGUGGGGCUUGUAGAGCUUAACCUUCACCCAAUGAUAACCCCAGUCUGACUGAGUCAGCAACAAUUGCGCGCUGUAGAUGGAACUUGGAUAUUUUCAAGAAGCGUGUUUCGCAGCUUCGUCCAGGCUCCAUCGUAUUCAACCAUCAUCAAAAGCGCCUUAGCCAACACCGCCGUGAUGCCCGUCGUCAAAGGAGGCGUUUGGACCAACAUUGAGGAUGAAAUCCUCAAAGCCUCCGUCUCCAAAUAUGGUCUGAAUCAAUGGGCGCGUGUCUCAUCGCUGCUGGCGCGCAAGACGCCCAAGCAAUGCAAAGCCAGAUGGAACGAAUGGCUCGACCCAAGCAUCAAGAAGAUCGAAUGGAGCAAGGAGGAGGAUGAAAGACUUCUCCAUCUCGCCAAGAUUAUGCCCACUCAGUGGCGCACGAUCGCUCCUAUUGUCGGCCGAACAGCAAACCAGUGCCUCGAACGAUACCAGAAGCUCCUCGAUGAGGCUGAAGCGAAGGAAUCAUCCAGCCUUGGGCUGAUGGGCCCAGAUGGAGGCGAAACGCAAGCGCCCAGCGCCGAUGAUGUUCGAAGACUCCGGCCGGGCGAAUUAGAUCCCGAUCCUGAGACGAAGCCUGCGCGACCCGACACCAUAGAUCUCGACGAGGACGAAAAGGAGAUGUUGAGUGAGGCUCGAGCCCGCUUGGCGAAUACACAGGGUAAAAAGGCCAAGAGAAAAGCUCGAGAGCGUCAACAAGAGGAGUCGCGACGUCUUGCUGCUCUACAGAAGAGACGAGAGCUCAAGACAGCUGGAAUUAAUAUCAAGGUCACAUCCAGGAAAAAGGGUGAGAUGGACUACAACGCCGAUAUUCCUUUCGAGAGAAAAGCUCUCCCUGGCUUCUACGACACAUCAGAGGAAAUGGUGCAGAACGAGGCGCAACGCGCAGCCUUCGAUCCUCGGAAACAACAGCUAGCCAACAAGCGCAAGGGUGAGGGCGAGGAUGACAACGACCGGAAGCGAAAGAAGACCGAUAAGGAUGGGGCGUCGGAAUCAUACAAGGCUGCUCUGAAGGCUGGUCAGCUACAGAAGAUUCGAGAGGCAGAGCAGAGCAGUAAGCGUCGUGGUCUGGUUUUGCCCGCUCCCCAAGUCUCAGAGGGCGAGUUGGAGGACAUCGUCAAGAUGGGUAGGAUGGGUGAGGCUGCCAAUUUGAGAGCAAAGGAGAGUGAGAACGACGCUACCCGAGGACUUGUCAACACAUAUUCUACUCUGAAUUCCGCUACCCCCAUUCGAACACCAAAAGCCCCUGAACAAGAAGAUCACAUUGCCAACGAAAUUCGAAAUAUUCGAGCACUCAACGACACAAAUUCUGUCCUUCUCGGUGGUGAGAACACCCCGCUUCAUGAAGGCGCAGCCUCGACCGGUUUUGAUGGCAUCGCUCCUCGAAAGCAGAUCAUUUCUACGCCAAACCCAAUGGCCACACCUCUGCGGGCAGAUGGCGUGGGGGCCACGCCUGGUCGACCUGGACAAACGCCCAUGAGAACACCAAGAGACACCCUAUCUCUGAACCAAGACGGGGGGAUGUCGAUGGUUUCGGCUACACCCAGAGACAUCAGGUUGAGAGAUAUGGCUUUGCGCACCCAGCUCAAGUCAGGUUUGGCCUCUCUUCCCAAACCAAAAGAUACGGAAUGGGAGUUCGACAUACCUGAGGAAGAGAAGGAGGCUAUGCAAGUUGAUGAGAUGACUGAGGAGGAUGCUGCAGAGCGGGACCGCCGAGCACGUGAGAGGCAAGCAGCCGAAGAAGCCCUCGAAUUUCGUAGGCGAACUCAAGUUAUGCAGAAGAACCUCCCCAGACCGGUUCAUGUCGAUCUGCCCAGUUUAUUGAAACAGGCUACCAGUAUCUCAGAUGUUGCUGAGUCCCUUAUUGCUAAGGAGUCAGCGAACCUGAUGGCGAAUGAUGCAAUGAAAUAUCCUGUCCCUGGUGGCCAUGUAAGUGGCGUACCUAAGCCUCUUGAACAAAUGGACGACGAUGCUCUCGCGGAGGCUCGUCUUUUGAUCAUGUCCGAAACGAAACCUCUUCCCAAGUUCGAGGACAUCCAGACUGCAUUCGAAGCACGCGCAAGCAGCUCGCUACUCCUCGGUCUGGGCUGUUACAAUGAUGACGAGGAAGAGCAAGGGGCGGUCAUGAAGGUUGCAUUCGAUGCUGUUCAAGACUCCAUCAUGGCUUCUGCUGAAGCAGGCGCUAAGCUAGAGAAGAAGCUAUCACUUCACCUCGGUGGUUAUCAGAAGCGACAGAAGAUGCUUCGUGAUAAGAUGGGCGAUGCUUCUGAGGCCUUGGAGAAGGCACGCGUUGCCCUGGCUGGUUUCAAGACGCUAGCUAUCUCGGAGGACGUGGCUAUCGAGCGAAGACUAAGCGCUCUGCGCGAGGAAGUCGGGUUUGUUAACCGACGUGAGAGAGAAGCACAGGAGAGUUAUAGAAAUGCAAAGGAAGAGCUGGACGCGCUCAUAGCAUCUGGAGUUAACGGGGUUCAUUGAUUGAUGUGUUAUUAAUGGUGUAUAAAUAGGGGCUCAAUCGAGGCUAGCAUAUCUGGGUCUAAUCUAACAAUCUUUCCGCUAGGCAUUACGCUUGUAUACUUACUAUCUUGUCCGUUUAUCCUUUUGAUUCAUCUUGACUUAAUCCAUGUUCUCGAG